UUAAUUGCUCUAUAAAGCCGCGACAGUGACUCCAGGCUCCUGUGCCAUUUCACUGUCUGCCUCCAGCACAAAGUGGAUUUUGUUCCAGCGUUGGAAAUUUUCGGGGUGACUCAUAGACGUGUGUGUGUGUGUGUGUGCGCGCGUGGGCGUGCGUGCGUGCGUGUGCGUGUGUAUGCGCGCGCGGAACGCAUAAAUUGAGUCGAUUCACGCGCUUGCGGUGAGAAAAAAAAAAAGAGAGAGAGAGAGAUUUCAUCCAGAAGAGGCUUGAACCGGGGUUUGUUCAGUUUGGUGUUCCUUGGGAGAUUUUUCACCUGUUUAUAAAGAAGAUAAUAAACCUCACAAACACCCACCCACACGCGCUCUCGCGCUCGCUCUCUCUCUCUCUCUCUCUCUCUCACACACACACACACAGACACACUCACACACACAUCUCUCUCUUGGGUUUGCUGGAUUGUUGCCUACAGAGCUGGAGAGAAAGUCUGCGAAACACACCUGUAAACGCAGUGUGUCUUUGGUGUGAAAAGCGCUCAAUCUGAUGAUGAUGGCGGCUUCGGCUUCAUCCUCCUCCUCUUCCUCAGCCGUCGAAGUGGAUCAGAGCUCUGCUAAUCUGCGACCUCCAGCCUCGGCAUGCGAUGGCUGGUACGGGGUCGCGCACGGCUGCACCCGCAAACUGGGCAUGAAGAUCUGCGGGUUUCUGCAGAAGAACAACAGCUUGGAGGAGAAAGGCAGGAUGAUGGGAUCCUUCAGAGAGAAAGAGCAGAGUCAUAACAGGGAGAAUCGGGAGAAGGAAACACGCUUCACCCGCACCGAGACUGACUUCUCCAACCUGUUCGCCCGGGAUUUACUUCCUGCUAAAAAUGGUGAAGAGCCGACUAUGCAGUUUCUCCUCGAGGUCAUGGAGAUCCUCACCAAUUACGUCCGCAAGACCUUCGACAGAUCCACCAAAGUUCUGGACUUCCACCAUCCACACCAGCUCCUGGAGGGCAUCGAGGGCUUCAACCUGGAGCUCUGUGACCAGCCUGAGUCACUCGAGCAGAUCCUCGUGGACUGCAGGGACACGCUCAAGUACGGGGUCCGCACAGGUCACCCAAGAUUUUUCAAUCAGCUCUCCACUGGCCUGGACAUCAUCGGCCUGGCUGGAGAAUGGUUAACAUCCACUGCUAACACUAACAUGUUCACCUACGAGAUUGCGCCUGUGUUUGUGCUGAUGGAGCAGCUGACGCUGAAGAAGAUGAGGGAGAUUGUCGGCUGGCGUAACGGCGAAGGAGACGGACUUUUCUCACCGGGUGGUGCUAUAUCAAACAUGUACAGUGUGAUGAUCGCCCGCUAUAAGUAUUUCCCCGAGGUCAAAACCAAAGGCAUGUCGGCUGCACCGCGCCUCAUUCUCUUUACAUCAGAACACAGUCACUAUUCGAUCGCCAAAGCUGGAGCGGCCCUGGGUUUCGGUAAAGAAAACGUCAUCCUGCUCAGUACCGAUGAAAGGGGUCGGGUCAUACCUGCAGACCUGGAGGCUAAAAUCAUCAGCGCCAAACAGAAGGGUUAUGUUCCACUCUUUGUGAACGCGACAGCCGGUACUACAGUGUACGGAGCGUUUGACCCCAUCAACGACAUCGCAGACAUCUGCGAGAAAUACAACAUGUGGCUCCAUGUGGACGGUGCAUGGGGUGGCAGUCUGCUGAUGUCAAGGAAGCAUCGUCACAAGCUGAACGGCGUCGAGAGAGCGAACUCGGUCACGUGGAACCCACACAAGAUGAUGGGAGUGCCACUGCAGUGUUCAGCCAUCCUGGUCAGAGAGAAGGGAAUUCUGCAGGGCUGUAACUCCAUGUGUGCAGGUUACCUGUUCCAGCCUGAUAAACAGUACGAUGUGACGUAUGAUACGGGAGAUAAAGCCAUCCAGUGUGGCAGACACGUGGACAUCUUCAAAUUCUGGCUCAUGUGGAAGGCCAAGGGAACAGUUGGAUUUGAGCAGCAUGUCGACCGGUGUCUGGAGCUCUCUGAGUAUCUCUACAACAAGAUCAAGAAUCGCGAGGGUUACCAGAUGGUCAUGCAAGGAGAGCCCCAGCACACCAACGUGUGUUUCUGGUACAUUCCACCCAGUUUGAGGAACAUCCCAGACGGAGAGGAGAGAAGGGAACGACUGCACAAGGUGGCGCCAAAGAUCAAAGCGAUGAUGAUGGAGUGCGGCACCACCAUGGUGGGCUACCAGCCGCAGGGAGACAAAGUCAAUUUCUUCCGCAUGGUCAUCUCCAACCACGCUGCCACCAAGUCGGACAUCGACUUCCUCAUCGAGGAGAUCGAGAGACUCGGACAAGACCUGUGAUAGAGCCGUGUUGUGGAGGAACGCUGGACUGCAGCCCCGUUUAACAUCCAAUGAGUGUAAACCUGUGCUGUGUCCCUGUUUAACGGUUUAAAUGUACUUUUAAAGUGCACUACGUCCUGUCAAACUGGUAGAAGUGUCUAGAAGCAUUGAGGCCUAAUCUGCACUAACACAAGUAAAUCUGAAUACACUCUUUAUUAGUUUUGGCCACACUUUGCAAGUGUUUUCAAUUUCCCAAUUUUUUCCCCAAACCUGAAAAUGAUAGAAACAGCAUGCUGAGCAUGCACACUGGACGUCUUUUAAUAUUUACGUUUCUGCCGGUUAAAACAUGCUUUCUGCAAGCCACAGUGUCACUUGUCCACUAUACAAAUUGGUAAAACAGGGUCACCGGUUUUUUUUUUUGUUGUUGUUUUUAUAUUACUGAGGGUAAUAUUGCCACCUCACAGCUCCAGGGUUCAAUCCUGAGCUCUAUGUGGGGUUUCUUGGGGAGCAUGUUCCUCUGGGUUCUAGCAUUUCCUCCCACCUGGUACGCAAGUUGACUACACAAAAAAACUGCCCCUAGUCAAGCCUGGUAUUCCCGGGAUAGACUCCAGAUCUGCUGCGACACUGGCCACGAUAAAGUGUUCACUGAAGGUGAAUGAAUACAGAAAACAAAGUAAGUUCCACCAUCAUGGAAUUGUGGAGAUCACACGACAAUCAUAUAUCAAUGUUUUCGAAUUUCAACCCCAAAACGACCUUUCAGCAGUCAUUAGUCAGACGAGUCAGCAGUGCAUGAAUACUUUGACACUGGGAUAACGGGAUGUUUUCCCACUCUCCCAAAGUCUCCUGCAUUCCGGGUUUUAGUUAGUGAAUUCUGAGCUGUCAGAAAGUCUCUAAACUUCCUAUUUAAACGUUUACAUGAACACACACGUGUUCAUGUAGCCAGUUGCAUCACUUCUGGGCUUGUUUAGUGCCAUUUAGGAGCUUUCUGACAGCCCAUAUCUCACCAACCAAACCAACUGGGAACAUAAACCUGUGUCCGAGUGCAUAAUGUAUAGAAAUUGGAACGUUAGGCUACAUUUGAGUCACGACUGAUCGAUUGUAGCACCAGUUUCAAUUCUGUUAAAGACUAGACAGAAGUACUAACGUUUAUGUUUUCAGGUUCGUCCAUUCUGAUGGAUUUCGGCAGUCAAAAAAUGGUGUCUUAAUGUGUACGGGAAGGCAAAAGAAUACGAAAAGAUUUGCCCGUCUUAGUGUGGACUAGACCAUAGUGAUUGAUGAUGAUUGGAGAAACAGCAAGGUUAUUAAUAUUACUAGACAUUUCAAACCUACACAUACAAAUCAGUCCAUAUGUAAUAAUACUACAAAUAAUAAUAAUAUCCUCAAAACCCACGCCGUGUUGUUUUAGUCACAUUUCCACCCAUAUAUACAGUAUACGUAUAUUUAUACUAACUAUAUAUUAUGUGUAAUGGGACAUUUACAGUGCUUCAGGUUGUAAAUAUAUAACAAAGACGAGCAAGGCGCACCACCCUUUUAACCGAGUCUGAUCUUCUUCCUGUGUACGUGUGCACUGUGGCGUCUGUUGUCGUGUUUCUAGAACUUGUAGGUCAGUGAGGACGGACAGCCCUGUUCCUGGAGAUCUAAACUCCCACACGCUAUUGUAUCAGGAAAGGAACCGAGCCGUGAGACUGUAAAUCUCCAGGAGCCGGGCUGAUCAUCACUGCUGUAGAUCUUAUGUUUAAUGAGCACCUUUGUGAGGUGAAAACAUGUCUUCAGUCUCCAGUAGAAAUGGUCUAUGACAAUAACAACGCGUUCAAAUGGAACUUGUCGAUCCAUGCUUCCGAAAUCAUACCUUUGGCACGCAAGUGGUUCAAGUCGUGAGAGCACUGUCGUUAGGCAACGACGAAAUGCAGACACCGAGCAUAAAGCUGAAUUUAUGAUAUAAUGGUGGGAGUAACCAUAAUUAUCGUCUUCCAGUCGGAAGUUUACUUGUAGCCGGUUAGCUCACUUCCGGGUUUGGUUAGUGAACGCUGGGCUGUCAGAAAGCUCUAAAACUUCCAACUCGGCAAUGCAUGAAUGCUUUGAAAUUGGAAUAAUGAGAGGUUUGCACAUUAUCUUGAAUUCUUUCGGAUAAUGGUUUGGUUUGCAAAAUCUGGACUUUCAGAAAGAUCUUGCACUUCCGACUGGGAAAUGCAUGAACACUUUGAAUUUGUAAUAAUAGGAAGUUUUCCCAUUGACCCGAAUUCUCAAACUUCCAGGAUUGGCUAAUACAAUCUGGGCUGUCAGAAAGCUCCAAAACGUCCGACUUGGCAAGGUGUGAACGCUUUGAAAUUGGAAGAAUUCUCCAACAUUCUGGGUUUGGUUUGCAAAAUCUGAGCUGUCAAAAAAACUAAGCUCUUGAACUUCAGACUCUGCAAUGUAUCAGUGCUUUGAAAUUGGAAUAAUGGGAAAGAUCUCCUGUUUUCCCCAAAUUUUCAGGUUUGGUUAGUGAAAUGUGGGCCUUGAGAAAGCUCCUAAAGGUCCAACUCGGCAGUGCAUGAAUGCUUUGAAAUUGGAAUAACGGAAAGUUUUCCCAAUCUCCCAAAUUCUCAAACUUUAUGGGAUUGAUUUGUAAAAUCUGGGCUCUCAGAAAGCUCUUGAACGUCAAACUUUGCAAUGCUUUGAAACUGGAAUAUUCCCCAAAUUUCUGGUUUGGUUAGUGAAAUCUGUGCUGUCAGAAAACUCCUAAACCUGCAAAUCAGACGUUUACAAGAACACAUUUUCCUGUAGCCAAUUGCCUCACGUUCCAAUUUCGAGGCUUUGAUACACUGCAGAGUCGCAAGUUUAGGAGCUUUAGGAGUGGAGUAUUCACUAACGAAACCCAGAAGUGAGGCAACUGGCUACAUGGACAAGUGUGUCCAAGUAAAUAAUAUAGUAAAAUUGGAAAUUUUGGGCUAGAUUUGAGUGACAACUGCUAAACUGUUUUAAUUGUUAAAAACUAAAAAUAUUAGCAAUACACAAAUUAAUGCAAGUCCAUGUUGUAUGAAAAGUAGACAAAUUUAUGCCCAGUAAAUUUUAAUAAUAAUGUAUAAAUGCUUUAAGUGGGAAAACCAGGAAGUUUCUCAUUUGCCCAAACUCUCCUACAUUAGUUCGUUUUUUAGGCUAAUGGCUUAGCUAGCAUGUUUGUAGUUAAAAAGAACUUCAUAUGCAAUAUAAAAUCAAUAUAAUAUAACAUAAAGUCACAAUAUAAAAUAUAAAUAUAAAGUCACAGUGAUGGCAAACCAAACUUCCAUAUUCAAAAGCAUCAGUAUUCAUCAAUGAAGAAGUCACAACUCACAGAUUUUGACUUCUGAAGUUAGAAUCUUCUGGAAAACAUGGUGAACACAUGACUCCAUUUAAA